UCACAACUUUCCAAAGACUCACUCAUGGGUAGGAGCGCAAAACUACAUAAACGAGUGAAGAAAUCCAAAUGCUCAAAAACUUCCUCUUCAUGUGCUUCCCCCGGCGUCCCCCAAGCCCGAAUCCAAUCGCAAGUCCAACAGGCGAAGAAGAAAACCACCCUUAAAGAAAAAUCCAAAGCCGGGUUCCAAAUUUCGAGCAAGAAAGAUGGCGAAAAUGUAUUAGGGGAUGUGGAUUAUGUCUCUCUAAUGAUGGGUGGACGGCGCAAAGCAAAAGAGGAGGCAUUGAAGUUAGCUGCAAUGGAGGAGUAAUAAUACUAAUAUGUUCAAACUUUCCUUCAGUGCCUAGUGCUUCUACUUUCCUACGGAGAACUUGAAGGAGGUUCCAUAGCUUGAUCGCGUCCUACGAUCAGGUCACCCUUGUGGGCGUGGAAUCCGGAAGACCUGAAAAAUCGAAGGAACUCCACCAGACUUCUUUUGAGUUACACUUUAUGUUGCUUGUAAGUUGUAUGUAAGUAUACUUAUAAUGCAUUAAUCCAACCGAAUGGAAACCUAAAAGUGACAAAAUCACUAGAACGAAAGUA